AUGGCACUCACCACCUUUACAAUCUCUGAUGUUCGUAUUUUCACGGGCAAGGAGGUCAUAGAGACCGGCUAUGUGACGGUAAAGGAUGGAAUCAUCUCAGAUGUGUCUCCUGGAUCGCCGCCUUCUGAGAAUGCAGACUUGGUACUCUCCCGGCCUGGCCAUACUGUUAUUCCCGGCUUGAUAGAUGCACAUAUGCAUGCUCAAGGCAACGACCUUGCCUUGACCCAAUCCCUUCAAUUCGGAGUCACGACCGUCCAGGAUAUGCACAACGAAACAGCAAACGUCCACAAAAUGAAAAAGAUUGCGGCAUCCAAGAAGGAUCAAGCUUCCGACUUCAAGGCCGCAGGGGUGGCUGCUACGAUCGAAGGGGGAUGGCCUAUGGCCGUCGUUCUGGCCAUUGAUAAGAGUGAACAGACAGCUGCAGAUGUUGCGAUCUGGCCCAAGCUCAAAUCUCCCGCUGAAGCUGAAGCAUAUGUCGCAUUCAAUCUUUCUCCAGCUGGUGGCGCAGACUUCAUCAAGCUGAUGCAUGAGUCCGGGUCCGCUGUCGGCCAGUCAAUCUCGAAGCCAUCUCUGGAUAUCCAAAAGGCCCUAAUCAAGACCACUCACGAAGCUGGCCGGAUCGCCGUAGCGCACUGCUUCGGUCGUGCUGACACGCUGGAGAUGCUAUCUCUGGGAAUAGACGGGCUAGCCCAUACCUUCAUGGAUGAACCAGUCACUGAAGAAAUCGUCAAUGAAUACAAGAAGUCUGGUGCAUGGUGUAACCCAACUCUAGCACUACUGGGGAGCUUCACCACGGAGGGAGAGGCACUUGCAAAACGAUUUGCCAAGGAUGAGAGGGUGAAGGAGAAGCUAGCAGCCACCGACCAUGACACAAUGUGUCGCUGUAUGAGUUUUGCAACCGCAACCGCUUCAGUGCAGUAUGCGUAUGAAACAGUGCGGCGGUUGAAGGCCGAGGGGGUGCCAAUCAUUGUGGGAUCCGACGCUGUUGGCCCUGGGCUGGGCACUGCAUACGGUGCUACGGUCCAUCAAGAGAUGUAUUUGCUUGUGAAGGAGUGCGGUUUUUCACCGCAAGACGCAAUCCGCUCUGCAACCACGUUGACGGCCAAGGUGUUUGGCUUGAAAGACCGAGGAGAAGUCGCGCAGGGGCUGAAGGCUGAUCUGGUCCUGGUGGAAGGAAAUCCAGUGGACGAUAUCCAUGCUACGCUCAAUAUCAAGAGCGUCUGGCGUGAUGGGAUCUUAGCCAAGGGCUUUUGA